AUGGUUCAUUGGGCAAAGCUGUGGAAAAUGAUUCCAGGUACUCCAAAAGUAUUAUGUGAGGAUAACGAUUUAUCACUAGAUAUCGUCACUUCCAAACCAUUUCAAGGAAAUAUUUUUGUAAAGGGUCGAGCUAAGGAUAAGUCCUGUCGUCAGUCAUAUGCCAACAAUGGCACGAAUUCCUAUUCACUUCCAUUGGGAAAAUGCGGUAUGCAACGAUUACGUUCGGCAAAUCCCAGAGGAGUGAAUUUCGUGGUGACCGUACUGGUAUCAUUUCAUCCAGCUGGGUUCAUUACGAAAAAUGAUAGAGCAUUUCAUGUAAAAUGCUUCUAUAUGGAACCUGAUUCAAUUGUUAGUCAAAGUAUUGAUGUUAGCAGUUUACCAACAACUGAAUUGCAAGAUUCCAUGUCAAUGCCAAAAUGUGAAUAUUCGGUCCGACGGGAUUCACCCAAUGGACCCACACUCACCUACGCUAAUGUCGGAGAAAUGGUCUUCAAAUAUGCCGAUUCAAAUCAACUUUACUUCACGUGCCAGAUACGGUUAUGCCAACGACAAAUGGGCAUGUGCCAAGAUGUGACGCCCCCAUCUUGUGGACUGGAUCGCCCGAAUCGAACACGUCGAGCGACAUCGCAUUGGGAUGACCCAGAAAUUGAUGUCGCGACACAUGAGAUGCUUGUACUUGACGCUGAGGAGCGGCAUUUGAUUUCAUCAAAUCCAGUCUGCCUACCAAAGAUUACACUCCCGUUGAUACCGCUCGUACUUGUCACCGUAGCAGCAGUGUCUGUCUCAGUCACGAUGGUGAUCAUGGGACGAAAGAAGGAAAAAAUUCCCUAUGCUCCAUGA